GAAAAAAGCAAAAAAGCGCCGUCCAGACAAAAGUCGGUUGGUUCAUAUAAGACACGGACUGACGGCCCUUUACUCAUCUCUUCUUCCUCUGCCCAUUUUGAGCUGCUCCAAUCUUAACCUCCUAAUAAUCACUUUGGCUUUGCUUUUCACCUGUACAAUAGACGAAAAGGGUCUUUGAACCCUUGUGUACUUCGCCCGCUUACUGCUUGUUUUCUGCUCUACCUUUUUUUUUUUUUUGCAAGGCCGCCAUCUACAUCAUCGUCAACGCCAAACUCGACACCGCUCAUUUUUCAACCCGUGUUCUUGCCUGCAUCCAUUUGCCGCAAACCACACCCAAAGCUAUUAUCCAGUUCUAGCGAGAUCCACACCUCCAUCAACAGCGCUGCAACGACCCUACUGCCAGCGACGACUUGCAUAUCGACCUACUUCAGCGACCGAGUGUAUUGUACCUGACAGAACAGGUCAAUAACCGAAGCUUACAGCUUUAUAUUUUCUUUGUCUUGCGAACCGCCGACCGCCGCUCUCAGCCGGAACCGCAGCAAUCAGCAGCUUACUUGAGAUCGGAAUCAACGAGACGACCGAUCUUGGUAGUUCAGGGCAGGGUGCAUCUCAUAUCACCCGCUUCGGUGCCGCCAUUUUCAGCUCACCUUGAACCCAUCAUAAUCGUCGACAGCGUUCCUUGUAGGGCAGCCAGUCUCACUCACCUCGGCCGCAUUUGAAGCGACACCGCCUCGACCGCCUUCGCCAAUCCCGAUUCGUGACUUGUCGCGAGUCCCCAUUAUCAGCUACUGAGGAAGCACCCCAAGCAAAUUUGCGCUCGCUAUCAACAUCACAUAGCACAACCACAACCAUCCAUACCAAUCACAAAAUCACAAUGAUUCUCAGGGGAUCCCAAGAAUCCAUCACGCCCAUGGGCCGUGGAGCAUACGACACAACCGGUGUUCCCAAGCCUCCUCCCCCGAAGCCCAGGUAAAUUCAGCCUGGCUCACUUGGCUUCUUCACCUCGGCAGGACAAGCGCGCGUGAGUUCUGCGAGAGUUCCAGCAACCCUCGCACGCACAUUUCUGUGCAAGACGGAAACAUGCACCAACCCAAGACGCAAACAAACGCACGCACACACGACCAUGCACGGCCCUCCACUCGACGGGCAAAUCGUGUGAAGACACGCAAUCAGGCCGCGACAAGCGACUGGGCGAACUCGCAUCGCACCCCAACAAGGCAUUGUUCAGUUCGAUGAAUCUUGCCUCGAUGCACACGCCCGCCAUCGGCCUUAAACGAUUUUCUUAUUUCGCACUUUAAUCUUCUCGUCUCCGCCGCACAGCAUGCCGGCAUUUGUUAUAACACAUUACAAUCUUUUACCUAAUACGCUUCGUGCGUUUGACCCCUUGUCGACAAUAACUUAUUCCAACACUCCGCUGUAUAACCAUAUCCUAAAAGUUGCUAUCGGAUUUCGCAUUCCGAUGAACCGCCCUUUUAAUUUUUGUACCAUUCGGAUUCCAGCAUUAAGACUUGUAUGGCUCACAGCCAAACCCCGAACACCACCUUGCUUCCCAGCAGCAAGCCGCGAAGAAGAGGAUAGGAUUACCCAGGUCUUACACACGGCACUCGAAGGGAUAAUCUUUUUGUUCAUCAUUCCAACCUAGUCGACUUUUUUUCGCGACGGCGUUCAAACAUCUAGACGGGCGGUUCACUUGAUUUCUCACCCACAUCCAAUAAAAAAUCAACAAAAACAGGCAGCCUGCAGCCCAAUCAGAGCACACACGGGAAGCCGACAGAUGUUCGCCACCGUGGUUCAAUUGGAACUCUACAAUUAUUCUUUCCAGACCUGCAUGCGGAUCUACUGCAUCCAGACGUUCUUUGAACCCUGCGUCGGACCUCGUGUCGUCUCGGGCUGUCACCAAAAAAAUAAGAAUUCUUACACUUCUGGGGUCACCCCCUUAAUUCUGGUACGGGAUUGGACAAAAUGGGAAGGUUGGGAAAACAAAAGUUGCUUUCUUCUUUUUCUUAUGGGACUUGCUUAUAGACUGGGUAUUGUUUGGCUUAUAUCUCUGUUUUUUCCUUUUUCAGCUUUGUUGGCAAAUGCUGUCAUCAUGUUUGUUCUCCCUCCACGGGGGGAUGGAGUUUUGUCAUGUUUUAUCAAAAUUUUGUCUGCAAUAUUUGUUCCAACCCCAAAGUUUUCUAUCGUUGCUUCACACCUACAGUUCGCGCGGAUAAGAGAGAGUCGACGACGGUCGAUUUUCAGUUCUCAGGCUUGAUGCCAAAAUCCAGCCGAGCGAGAAAGAGAAAGAUACCCGAGUUGUUUUUUUUUCCUUUAAUUAAAAUUUUACAAUGCACACAGAAUAACAAAGUUGUGCUACUGCUUCACAGCUGUCUAUAAUAUUUCUUUCUUGAAUUCUAGCUCCAGAUCAACACUAGUGCACGCUUUGUUACUCAC